AUGUCCAAGUUCGGUGUAUUGGUAAUGGGCCCUGCGGGCGCUGGGAAAACCACCUUUUGCAAUGCCGUCAUUCAACAUCUCCAGCAUACGCGCCGAAGUUGUUUCUACGUCAACCUGGACCCGGCCGCUGAAAGCUUCAGCUAUGAACCUGACUUGGACAUCCGCGAACUGAUCACUUUGGAAGAUGUUAUGGAGGAAAUGGGCCUGGGGCCCAAUGGAGGUCUUAUCUAUUGCUUUGAGUUCCUCCUGCAAAAUUUGGACUUUCUCUCAGAAGCCUUGGAUCCGUUGAGCGAAGAAUACCUGAUUAUCUUCGAUAUGCCGGGCCAGAUCGAGCUCUACACACAUAUACCCCUCCUGCCAUCACUGGUACAGUUUCUGUCGCGUGCGGGGCCCCUGAACAUCAACCUCUGCGCGGCGUAUCUCCUCGAAAGUACCUUUGUCGUUGACAAAGCCAAGUUCUUUGCCGGCACCUUAAGUGCCAUGUCCGCAAUGCUGAUGCUCGAGAUGCCCCACGUAAAUAUUCUGACUAAGAUGGAUCAGGUCCGGGACAUGGUGACUCGCAAAGAAUUAAAGAGAUUCACCAAUGUGGACGUACAGUUGCUGCAGGAUGAUGAUGCCGAUGCGAUGGGAGACCCGUCGUCCAAAGAUACAUUGCUCAGCGGUGGCUCCUUUAAGCAGCUCAACCGGGCUGUCGGCCAACUCAUCGAUGACUUCAGUAUGGUCUCAUUUCUGCAAUUGGAUGUGCAGGACGAGGAUAGUGUCGCCGCUGUUCUGAGCCAUAUCGACGAUGCCACUCAGUUCCAUGAAGCGCAAGAACCACGCGAGCCCAACGAUGAGCAGGAAGUUAAUUACGAGGAUGCAGACAUAUGA